AUAUUUCCCUUUGCCUGUGGAAGAAAUAUUCAAGUGAAUGUGCUUUUUUUCAGGGAUGGUGACACCAGAAUGUUUUAAAUCUGUUCAUUACCACAACAUGGAUAAUGGCAUUUCUGCCAAAGACUUUUGCAAAUGGGUGCAGUAAUGCAUGUCAGCACUUUCUGAAAUUAGAGGUUUCACCCUGAGAGGAAUUGUAUCUUAUUUAUGAAGGGACUUUUCCAGCUCCGAAAAUAUCAAGAGUCAAAGCCAAUGUUAGUUCAUUUCAAUUCUCUGCAGAGGAUUUAACAAGGAAUACAAAAAUCUCAGGAUACAGAGAGACCAACAGAACACAAAAUUUCUACUGAAUGAAUUUCCCCACCUUCUUGGUUAUCGUACACCUGCCUUCCUUAUAAGGAGAACAAGGAAGUAAAUCAUGUUGAAGUUGCUUUUAAACACAGCUUUUCUUCUUUACCUGUCCAGGUAGCCUCUGCUUUCAUUUUAGUCUUAAUGAAAACUUUUAAAUUUACAUCUCAAGUUUCUUUUCAAAGCAGUCGAGAGCUGAAACGAAUGGGGAUUGAGCUGCUUUGCUUCUUCUUUCUAUUUCUAGGAAGGGAUGAUUGCGUACAAGGUGGCUGUGCCAUGGGAGGUGCGGAGACCUGUGGUGACUGCUUGCUCACUGGACCGCAGUGUGCCUGGUGCUCCCAGGAGGAUCAGAAUGGUCACAUCUGUGCUGAGAAACACAUCUCACUGCCCUGCUACACAGGUGGAUCUAAAGGGGGCUAGGAAACGCCAGAGUCCUGUACAGAAAAAUUUUACUCACCCAUCUGGAGUUAGCGAAAGGUGUGAUACCCCAGCAAACCUUUUAGCCAAAGGAUGUCAAUUAAUCUUCAUUGAAAACCCUGUCUCCCAAGUGGAAAUACUCAAAAAUAAGCCUCUCAGUGUAGGCAGACAGAAGAAUAGUUCUGAUAUUGUUCAGAUUGUGCCUCAAAGCUUGAUUCUUAAAUUAAGACCAGGCAGCGAACAGACGCUCCAAGUGCAAGUCCGCCAGACCGAGGACUACCCAGUGGAUUUGUAUUACCUCAUGGACCUCUCCGCCUCCAUGAAUGAUGAUCUCAACACAAUCAAAGAGCUGGGCUCUCUGCUUUCCAAGGAGAUGUCUAAAUUAACUAGCAACUUUAGACUUGGCUUUGGCUCUUUUGUGGAAAAGCCUAUCUCCCCUUUUAUGAAAACAACACCAGAGGAAAUCGCCAACCCUUGCAGUAGUAUUCCAUACUCCUGCUUACCUACAUUUGGAUUCAAGCACAUUCUGCCAUUGACAAAUGAUGCUGAAAGAUUCAAUGAAAUUGUGAAGAAUCAGAAAAUUUCUGCUAAUAUUGACACACCUGAAGGUGGAUUCGAUGCAAUUAUGCAAGCUGCUGUGUGUAAGGAAAAAAUUGGCUGGCGGAAUGACUCACUCCACCUCUUGGUAUUUGUGAGUGAUGCUGAUUCGCAUUUUGGAAUGGACAGUAAACUGGCGGGCAUUGUCAUUCCCAACGAUGGGCUCUGUCACUUGGACAACAAGAAUGAAUACUCCAUGUCAACUGUCAUGGAAUAUCCAACAAUUGGACAACUCAUUGAUAAAUUGGUGCAAAACAAUGUGUUACUGAUCUUUGCUGUAACCCAAGAACAAGUUCCAUUAUAUGAGAAUUAUGCAAAACUUAUUCCUGGAACCACAGUCGGUCUACUUCACAAGGACUCUGGAAACAUUCUCCAGCUGAUCAUCUCAGCUUAUGAUGAACUGCGGUCUGAGGUGGAGCUGGAAGUAUUAGGAGACACAGAGGGACUCAACCUCUCCUUCACAGCUGUCUGUAGCAAUGGUACCCUCUUCCCACACCAAAAGAAAUGCUUGCACAUGAAAGUGGGAGAAACCGCUUCAUUCAAUGUGACUGUGAGUAUACCAAACUGUGAGAGAAAAGGCAGGCACAUUAUCAUAAAGCCUGUGGGGCUGGGGGACACCCUGGAUCUCCUCAUCAGCCCAGAAUGCAGCUGUGACUGUCAGAAAGAAGUGGAAGUGAACAGCUCCAAAUGCCACGAUGGGAACGGCUCCUUCCAGUGUGGUGUGUGCACCUGUAACCCGGGCCACAUGGGCCCUCACUGCGAGUGUGGCGAGGACAUGCUGAGCACAGAUUCCUGCAAGGAGGCCCCCGACCGUCCCUCAUGCAGUGGAAGGGGUGACUGCUACUGUGGGCAGUGCAUCUGCCACUUGUCUCCCUACGGAAGUGUUUACGGACCUUACUGCCAGUGUGACAAUUUCUCCUGUGUGAGACACAAAGGGCUGCUCUGUGGAGAUAACGGCGACUGUGAGUGUGGCGAGUGCGUGUGCAGGAGUGGCUGGACCGGUGAGUACUGCAACUGCACCAGCAGCACAGAUGCGUGCAUCUCCGAAGAUGGCUUGCUCUGCAGUGGGCGAGGGGACUGCAACUGUGGCGAGUGUGUCUGCACAGACCCUGGAGCCUCUGGAGCCACUUGUGAACGAUGUCCUACCUGCAGUGACCCCUGUAACUCUAAACGGAGCUGCAUUGAAUGCCACCUAUCUGCAGAUAGCCAGCCUGGAGAACAAUGUGCGGACAAAUGCAAACUAGCGGGUGUAACCAUCAGCGAAGAAGAAGAUUUCUCAAAGGAUAGUACUGUUUCCUGCUCCCUGCAGGGAGAAAAUGAAUGUCUUAUAACAUUCCUAAUAAGUACAGAUAACAAGGGGAGCACCAUCAUUCACAGCAUCAAUGAAAAAGACUGCCCAAAACCUCCAAACAUUCCCAUGAUCAUGUUGGGGGUUUCACUGGCUAUUCUUCUCAUCGGGGUUGUCCUUCUGUGCAUUUGGAAGCUGCUGGUGUCAUUUCAUGACCGUAAAGAAGUUGCCAAAUUUGAAGCAGAACGAUCAAAGGCCAAGUGGCAGACAGGAACCAAUCCAUUAUACAGAGGCUCUACUAGUACUUUUAAAAAUGUAACCUAUAAACACAGGGAAAAACAAAAGACAGACCUUUCCACAGAUGGGUAAACUACUUCACACAUGGGAAAAAUGUCUGUUUCACCGAUAUGAAAGGUUAAUGCACUAUUUGUUUUGCUUGCUUUCUUGCUUGCUUGCUUCAAAAGGAGGCUGGUUUAGGAUAAUCAUAGGUCAUUUGGAGAUCAGUUAUUUUCUGUGUGAACAUGAGACACUGUUGACAGGUUCAAAAUAAUCAAGAAGAGGAAUUUCCUUAGCAAAAGAAGUGACUUUGGGGAUUAUUUGAGGAAUACUAACUCUGUUGCAUUAAUGCCUCAAAAAAUCCUCACAAUGAUUCAUGGCGGCCUUAUUUGCAUUUGAAAAAUGUUUGAAAUUAGAAUUCAUUUGUUUCAGGAAUACAGCUACCUAAAGUCUUUGUCUCAGCAAAGUCACAAAAUCCAUAUGGUCACAUUGCCAGUUAUUCUAAACUUGUUGUAAAUCUGCCCUUUGCUAAAGGAGCACUUUAAAAAAUUCUGUGAGAAAGUAGAUUCUGAUUUUGCUUUAGCUGAAAAGAAGUGAUUCUUCCAAAGACAGCCCAAAUUAAGGUGGAAAAUUAAGUGUUAAUAAUUUCUGUGAAUUUGUAUCCACUUAAAGUUAGGCAUGUAAGUAUUCUAUUUGUUUUACAGAUGAAGAAGUAACUUAUAAAUUAAGCUUUUAGCAAAAACAAAAUGAUAACCCUAUCAUUUAACUUAUUUUUAAGCUCCCUGAAAAAUAAUCUUCUAUACUCAGUUUCCUUCUUGUCUCUAAGUCUUCAAACUAUUACUUCUUCCUGAUGGUAUUCUAAAUCAUGUAAUUGUCAUAUGAUAAUUUUCAUUUAUUUUUUUAAAUUACUUUAAAUGGCUACCUUAUUCAAAAAGAGUUUCAAUAAUAUAAAAGGUACAUGAAGUAAACACAAUGAAAUCUUAAAUGACUUUAAAUCAAGCACAUUAAAAGUACAUAAACCCCUCAUGGAUUCUAGGCUUUUAAAUCUAUGUUCUCUUCCCAUCUCUAUAACACUAGAUCCACAUUUCAGAUGCAUAUGAUAGCUUGGCAUUGCACACUCAAAAGUAAGAUUUUACUCAUGAAGUACAUGUGGACAAUUAGGGAUCUAUCAGUUAAUUGAAGAGUCAGACACUGUAGGAUAUUAUCUCUUAUGGUUACUGCUGUGUUACAGACCACUUUCACCUUGGAUCUUCAUAAGGAAACUAAGGCUCAGAAGUGGGUUCAGAAUCUACAUCAUCUUAUUCCAAACCACUUUCUCUUUUGCCUGAGACAGCUUCUUUUGUCAGUAAAUGAUAGAAAGAUGGUAAUAGUUAAGCAACAACUAUCAUUUGUUUGAAAAUAUCCUGAGACUAAACAAAUAGCAUUUAAACCACUGGAAUACAGAUGAGUUAUUGCACUGUUGUGUAUUGUUUAAUACUUUUGAUUAAAUUGUCAUGUGAAGCCCUUUACUAGGUGAAUAGCACACUAUGUGGUGGACACUUCAUAGUAGUUAUGCAUCAAAUUGCAUAAUUUCUAACUUUCUUCACCUACCAGAUAGAACUGUAUAUAUUUGGCCACUUUUUUUUCCUGGUUCCUAACUCAGAUAUAUCAGACAUUUAGGGAGCACACAGCCUUAUGAAAAGGAUAGCUAAGCAAUCUCCUUGGACAUCUGAAGGCCUGGUGUACACACAGGCUCCUGGUUGACAUCUAGGACUGGGGGAAAGUCUAGAGCCACACAUAGGUACACUGCCAAUGACACAGCAGUGGCAGUCCCCUCUAUGUGGACCGCUGGUGCUAUUCUUGUAUUAUUACUGAACUGGGAGUUUAGAAAAUAGAAGUUUCCUUUGUCUUUAUUAUGGAAGAAUCUUCUCUUUCUCUAAAUAUUGUUUUGACCCAAGGCAGGACCUUGAAAAGGCCAAAACAUGAAUGGUAGUACUUCUGUUCACUGAAGAGUUGUUACAUGAAGAUGAAAUGGUUGUUUUGUAAGUUGUUUUAUUGUAUUUUGUGUUGAUAUAAAUAAACAUGGUAAUUUAAACAUGGAAACACAAAUGGGUGAUAAUUAUGUCCAUUUACCCGAAAUAAAACUCUCUUGGAUUUCCAAAUUCUUCCGUAACCUGCUGUGCCUGUUUUACUGGUCUCAGUUUGGGGCCAAGGAGAAGAAAAGAAAGAGUCAACCGCAGAAGACAGGAGGCAGCAAGCCAUGGGUAUAAUUUGCUGCAUGGUGACAAUCAUCAUGAUGUAUGAUUAUAGGAGAUUAAAUAGAACCUCCACAUGAUAAAAGAGAAAUAUUAUAACUCCCAACAUUUUAGAUGUUUGAUACACAGAGUUUGUGUUUUCUAAAAUUGAAGAAUGAAGUCUAGGAAUAAUGAAAGUUAGGAAUAGGAAGAAUUUAUUGAGAGAAAGAUAGCUUCUGCCUAAGAGAGAUAGAAGGGGUCCCAAGUGGGUAACCAGAGACUCCACUUUACAGGGAAGUUUUAUAGAGCAAAACUUCCCUGUACAACGUGGGUUAUAGCUAUAUAUGCUAUAUAUAUAUAUAUAUAUAUAUAUAUAUAUUUACUAAUAAGUUUACAAGUACAGUCACCUAGGCAAUAGUGAUCCAAUGGGAAAAGGAAGCAAGUAAUCCAACCAGGAAGGGAAGCAAGUCACAUGGUAAGAGUACAUGAAAAGAACAAAGAACUUCUCGGGUAAGUGAUGGAUAUGGAGGUCUUGGUCACCUACUGAGGCAACUGAUGCCUAUCUAGACUUUACCAGACCAGGUGUUAUCACUCAUCUCAUCCUUUGAAGAUGUAUGUAGGCCUGGUCCUUUUGUCAUCUUGAGGCUUGGCCCCCAACUGAUGUGUCUCUGGACACAGUUGUAGUGUGUUUUCACUUUUUUUUUUGAUACCAGGGAUCUAACUCAGGUCCUUGCGCUUGCGAGGCAGGUGGCAGAAUCACUGAGCUAAAUCCCCAGCCUGUUUUCACAUUUUGUCUUGACUCUCUCAAAGCCUCAGCCCUGUCUGACUACUUAUUAUAUUUCUAUCUAUCUUAGCUGCCUAUAAUAAUGAGAACUUUCAAAACUUGCCCAGAUGUUACCUCACAUUUUGUAAAACAAAUUCUUUAGGAUUAGUAUUAUAGGCUGAAAUGUGUUCCUCUUCCACACAAUUCUCUGAAAAAAUACAUAUACUGAAAUAUUAACCUCCAGUACCUAUUUUAGAACUUGACUAUAUGAUUGGAGAUAGAGUAUUUAAAGAGAUAAAUAAAUAAAAAUAAAGUCAUAGAGUGGGCGCCAAUAUGACAUGAACUAAUGUCCUCAUAAGAAGAGGAAGUAAGGCCACAGAUCUGAAUAGAGCAAAGACCAUGUGAAAACGGAGAAAAUGGCCAUCUAUCAACCAAGGAGAAAGGCUUCAGAAGAAACUAACCCUUUUAACACCUUGAUUUUGGACUUCUAGCUCCCAGAAUUGUAAGAAAAUAAAGAAAUUUCUAUUGUUUAAACCA